AAAAAUAUUCAAAACGUUAAUAAUUCUCAAGCUUAAUUUUUGCAAGAAUAAGAAACGCUUGUAGCUUAAUAAUACCCAUCAAGCUUCAAGAAAACAUAACAAAAAUGGCAUUUUUGAGAAGUUUCUUGGGUGGUAAGCAAAUCAUGCGGAGGGAAUCACCUUCGACACCAAGAGGAUUCAUGGCGGUCUAUGUUGGAGAGAAUGAUCAGAAGAAGAAGAGAUACGUUGUGCCGGUUUCAUACUUGAAUCAGCCAUUGUUUCAAGAAUUGUUGAGUAAAUCGGAGGAAGAGUUUGGGUUUGAUCAUCCUAUGGGCGGCUUAACCAUACCAUGCCAUGAAUCUUUGUUCUUCACCGUCACAUCUCAGAUUCGAUGAAUUUCAACAACAUUCCUUUUUGUUUUUAGUAGAAAUUGUUAUUUGAACCAAUCUUCAAUGUAAAUAUAGGAGUGAUAGACACUUUCCCCUGGAAAUAAUUGUAAAUUGUUUCAAUGAGUGGAAUAUUCGUUCAUACAUGAUUACAG